CCAAGUAACAUCCCUUCUGCAUCAUGGAAAAGGGGUGGCGGUGCGGGCUGGGGGGCCGGCUGCAGUAGGCUGGAUCAGGGGCUCUUUAACCAUGUCCCAUUCCCCUCCCCAGAGGCCAGCGAGGAGGGGGACGCAGGACGCGGAAGGCAUCCGGAGUGAAGGAUGAACCAGGGACGCCUCGGCGGGGAGCUGCAGUGCCGCCGCUGCACCUGGCCGCCGGGACGCCGGGGGAGCACCCAGGCGGUGGGGCCGCGGGCCUGCGGGCCGCUCCCGGGAGCCUGGGGCAGCCUCACCCCCGCCCUGCUCCCCGCGAGGCGGCGCAGGGAGCCUGGCAGCCUUUCCUGCAGCUGGCACUGGGUCGCGGCUGGGGCCUGAGCAGCGCAGUGGACUCCGUCCUUCCAGGUGCCCCCGGGAAGGCAGAGUGGGGGACCAAGUGCCAGUCACCCCUCCCAGACAAGAGGAAACAACUCCUGUUGGGUAGAACUUUGGUUUCCUUUAGCAAGAUCCGCCGAACCAUACAGGGUUUCAUUUUUCACUUGAUGGGUCUUUGAGAAAAACUGCACCGAGCUGGUGGGAGGAGGAAGAUAAACUAUAAACUUUGGGGGCGGGGACAUUUUCUUGGAAGUGACAGGGAGCCUCAGACCUACAGUUUCUGGACCAGCGACAUUGCCCUCCGCUUGGACACUGAAGGGUCUGGACGCUGCCCCGGGACCAGCACCAAAGACCCCAGGAAGGCCAUGGAGUCCACGCUGGCGACACCGGGCUCUGCCCCCGGCCCAGUCACCUUCUCCCACGUCUUCGGACAGCAGUGCCAACUUAUGGAAGCCGCUGUGCAAUCAUUGCACACCCUAAAUGACCAGAUAUCCCAUUUUAUUGUCACCAAGUCUAAGGCACUGGAGGAGGACAAAGACCCCUUUCUGCCCACUGAGAAGGAGACUUUGAAGAGUUCCAUGCUGUUGAUGAGGCACCUCUUAAUGGAUGCUCAGGCCAAAAUCCUGAGCAUGAUGGAAGACAAUAAGCAGCUCGCGCUCCGCAUCGAUGGGGCGGUCCAGUCGGCCAGCCAGGAGGUGACCAACCUGCGAGCCGAACUCACGGCCACCAACCGGAGACUGGCGGAACUGAGCGGCGGCGGCGGCGGCCCCGGCCCGGGCCCGGGAGCGGCGGCCAGCGCCUCGGCGCCUGCAGACUCGGCGGCGGCGAACAUGGAGAACCAUCAGCACGGCGCGCAAGGUAGGGAUCGCCCGGCUCCAGGGCGGAGCGGAGGCGGGCGAGCGGGCCCGGGCCCGGAGGUGGCCGCCGACUGGUGUCCCCGCGCCCGGGGCGAAAUCGCCUUGCACUGUGGCUCGUAA